AUGAGGCAGGGGGAUGCCAGGGACUCGCCGCGACCCCCGCGCUGCCGAGCGGCCGCUGUCCACAUCCGCAGCGGUGCGCGGCACAGAGAGGUCCCGGCGCUGCCCCAGGCCGCACAGCCUCCGAGCAGCAGAGGCGGGGUUCGAACCGCGGUCCCCGGUGUGACGGAGACCCCCGCCCGGGCGGCCAGUGAGACGCUGGUCACGGCGUACACGCGAGGAGACGACCCCACGGGGGGGGGCGACGUCCGGCCCACGGGCGUGCAAGGUCGCGGGGUCGCGCUUCCCCCACCGGGGUCCGUCCUCCCCACCCGGGGCCCGUCCUCCCCACCCGGGGUCCGUCCUCCCCCACCCGGGCCCGUCCUCCCCACCCGGGGCCCGUCCUCCCCACCCGGGGUCCGUCCUCCCCCACCCGGGGCCGUCCUCCCCACCCGGGGUCCGUCCUCCCCCACCCGGGGCCCGUCCUCCCCACCCGGGGUCCGUCCUCGCCCACCCGGGGUCCGUCCUCCCCCCGGGGCCCCCCCCCACCCGGGGCCCGUCCUCCCACCCGGGGUCCGUCCUCCCCACCCGGGCCCGUCCUCCCCCACCCGGGGCCCGUCCUCCCCACCCGGGAGGGAGGGCGCCGGGGCCUCCUCCACCCAGGACGUCGGGCUCCGGGAUGUCAGGGGCACCGGGAACGCCGGACCAGAGAGGGCUGGAGCCGAGCCCGGGGACGCACAGCACACGGGAAACAGCCAGCCUGCGGUGCACAUCCCCCUCGUGUGGGGGAACCCUAGGCGGAGGGCUCCCCGCAGGAGCCAGGGACACCCCACGAGGAAGCCACGGCCACUGAGCGGUGCACAGACCCCAAGUCCAGACCCGCAGACCGCCGCUGCCCCUGUGCCCCAGCCCGGCGGGUUUAUAAAUAUCCGUCUUUAUUCUCAGGCGUCUUCUCCUCGGGCUCGCCCGCACCCCGAACUCUCUCGGCGCCCCCUCCUUCCCCCCACGCGGCGGCUGAGACAAUCACGGGGAACAGGUGAGAGCGGGGCCAAGGGGCGCUGCGGGGCCGCGGCCACCGGAGCCACCGCGCGCCUUCACAGCGCAUCGGCGGGGCCACCACGGCGGGGUCACCACGCGGGCCACCCGACGGGGCCACCACGGCGGGGCCACCACGGCGGGGCCACCCGACGGGGCCACCCCACGGGGCCACCACGGCGGGGUCACCACGGCGGGGUCACCACGCGGGGCCACCCGGCAGAGCCCCAGAGGCCCCGAGUCGGGUCAAGUGCGCGCGAGUCACAGGUCACGGUGCACGCGCUGGGGCGCGGGGUCCCCUUCUGCGCCGGCCAUCCACAAAGACCCCCCCUAACCGCGGGGACCCCUGACGGCGACCCCGGGACGCACCACACAGCCCUGCCCGGCCACGCCCGGCCGGCGGCGGCGCGGGCCCCCUCGGGCGCCCCUGGACCGGCCCCCGCCACAGCCCCCUGCCCCGGGGACGCCGAUGUCACCUCCCGGCGGGACGGCGGCUGCGGAGGCGGCUCGGGCGGUCUCGGUGGCGGUGGCUGCUCCCCCCGGGGGCCUGGGGGUGGGGGAGCCGUCCCCAAGAAGAAAUGCAAUGUCACGGUGAGGGUGUGUCCCCCUCGUCCUCCCUGGGCCCCGGAGGGGACAGGACGGGACUUGUGGGUCUCUGGAGGAGAUGGCGGUGACGGGCGGGGAGGCGGAGAGCCAGCCCGGCGCGGACACCGUCUGGGACCCGAGUGUCCCCCCGCUGUCCCGAACUGGGGACUCUGCGGUUGGCCGGGCGCGCAGCCGCCCCCAGCCCCAGCUGCCCGCCGGCCGCCGCCAAGAAAUCAGCUGGCAGAAGGCAGGCGCGGGGACAGAAGGCGGCGGGAGAUUGACAGGGGGCGGGACACAAAGAGCGGAGAAAGGACGGGGCCGGGGGAGGGGAGCCAUGCAAAUGGCAGCUCCGACGCCCGGCCUCCGAUGAGGAGAGCCCGAGGAGGAGGGUCCCAGGCUAGCCCAGACAAAGCCGACAGCCGGCCGCUCCUCCGCACCCGGAGGGAGACACAGACGCCGUGUCCCCCGGUCUAA